GGGAUCUCCACCGACCUGUGGCGCAGCGAGAGCCAGAACCGCACCUACGUGACGCUGGCCGCCCACUUCCUCGGCGGCGGCGGCGGCGGCGCCCCCCACGGCCUGUCCGUGGGCUCCCGCUGCCUGAAGACCUUCGAGGUGCCCGAGGACAACGCGGCGGAGACCAUCACCCGCGUCCUGUACGAGACCUUCAUCGAGUGGGGCGUCAGCUCCAAGGUGUUCGGGGCCACCACGGACGGCGGGAAGGACGUGGCCAAGGCCUGCUCGCUGCUGGACAUCGCGGUGCAGAUGCCCUGCCUCGGGCACACGUUCGACGCCGGCAUCCAGCAGGCCUUCCAGCUGCCCAAGCUGGGCGCGCUGCUGGCGCGCUGCCGCCGGCUGGUGGAGUACUUCCAGCAGUCCACUGUGGCCAUGUACAUGCUCUACCAGAAGCAGACGCAGCAGCGCGCCGCGCCCUGCAUGCUGGUCAGCAACCGCGUGCCCGGCUGGGGCAGCACGCUGGCCAUGCUGCAGCGCCUCAAGGAGCAGCAGUUCGCCGUGGCCGGCGUCCUGCUGGAGGACAGCAACAACCACCACCUGAUGCUGGAGGCCGCCGAGUGGGCCACCAUCGAGGGGCUGGUGGACCUCCUGCAGCCGUUCCAGCAGGUGGCCGAGAUGCUCUCGGCCUCCAGGUACCCCAGUAUCAGCAUGGUGAAGCCCCUCCUGCACAUGCUGCUCAACACCACGCUGAACGUCAAGGAGACCGACUCCAAGGAGAUCAGCAUGGCCAAGGAGGUGAUCGCCAAGGAGCUGGCCAGGACCUACCAGGAGGCGCCCGAGAUCGACAUGUUCCUCAACGUGGCCACCUUCCUGGACCCGCGCUACAAGAGGCUGCCCUUCCUGUCCGCCUUCGAGCGCCAGCAGGUGGAGAACCGGGUGGUGGAGGAGGCCAAGGGGCUCCUGGAGAAGCUGAAGGAGGGCGCCUGCCGGCCCGCUGAGGACAAGGUGUACACCGUGCCCGACGAGCCGCCGGCCAAGAAGCGGGCGCUGUCGCCCACGCCGGCGCCCGCCAGCGUCAUUAACAACAUGUUGGCGGAGAUCUUCUGCCCGACGGGGGGCGUGGAGGACCAGGAGGAGUGGCACGCGCAGGUGGUGGAGGAGCUGAGCAACUUCAAGUCCCAGAAGGUGCUGGGCCUCGGCGAGGACCCGCUCAAGUGGUGGUCGGACCGCCUGGCCCUGUUCCCCGUGCUCCCCAAGGUGCUGCAGAGGUACUGGUGCGUGGCGGCCACGCGCGUCUGCCCCGAGCGCCUCUUCGGCUCGGCGGCCAACGUGGUCCUCGCCAAGCGCAACCGCCUGGCCCCCGCGCACGUGGACGAGCAGGUCUUCCUGUACGAGAACGCGCGCGCCGGCGCCGGCGCCGAGCUGGAGGACGAGGACGAGGGCGAGUGGGGCCUGGACCACGAGCAGGGCUGCGCGCUGGGGGACGCGGGCCACGCCGGCUACCUGGGCGUCCGGGACGGCGGCUUCGUGUAGCCGGCGCGCCGGGGGCGGGGGUGGUGCGGGGGCCCUGGCCGGGGCUCUGUUGUCCGCCGCGACCCGGAACACGGAGCAAGAGAGACCCGGCUUUGCGGUGGGGACAUGGGGCGUGCUUCCUCGCGGGGGCGGGGCUCGCCUCCCUGCCAAAGGGAAAGGCGUGACUUGGAGAAGCUGUAAAUGUUGGCUCGUAGGAUUCCAGACGCCUAAGUCCACGUCGGAUGCUUUAUUUCUACAUCAUCCCCUUAUCCCAGCAUUCGCUUUCUCCGCCAGGGAGGGUUUGGGUUUAAAUCGGAGAAAAACAUGGAAACUUCUGCAGUUGAGAGCAGCCUCCUUCUGUCUCCUGCACACAAGCCGUCUCGCUGGAUUUGAGCGACCUGUGGGUACCGGUGCGCACGGGGAGACACUGUACCCUGUUUGGAAGAGAGACUGGUUUUACGUUGGGUGGGAGGUGUUAAAAUGGAGGGUGCAAUGCAACCGCUUAUAAAAAAGCAGAAAAGA